UUCCCACACUCGCUGGCUCUUUGGUUGGUUGCAACGUCCGUCUUCUUCUGUGUUGGAGCCUUCUCGGCUUUUUCGCAUCCUUUUCUCGCUCUGCUGCUUUGUGGUGUGACGAGGCCGAAUUCUCUCCCCACCCAGCCCUCGUUUUUCCUUUACCCGCGCUGUUCUAUUUCUCUCCUUCGGCCGCCGCCGCCACUGCUGCACAGCUGGUGUCGGUGCCGCGCUUUUCCCCCUACGUCGUUCCCGCAGCCUAUGGCCCAGGCCGCCUUGGGUAUUUCUGCUCAAGGUAACCACAUCCCUCUUUAAAAAUUCCGCCGAAAAAGAGAAGACGCUUUACCCGACUCUUUGGGCCGUUAUCUCACGGCGAACUUUCUGACCAAGUAUACAACUACCCAGAGGGCCUAGGAGAAGUGCUGUAUAGAGAGCAGUUCGAUUUCAACGCGGAGCCACCUUGGGAACCUAGCUGAUGAUAGGGGGGUUCCAUCUCCUAACUUGUCCAUGGAGGUCUUCACUUCAGAAAUCCAAGACCCAUAUUCAUCCAGCUUGGUGUCAAGUGGGCUGUUGCUGCCAGAAUUAUCUUGUGAUUAUUUGAGAGAUGUAUCAGUUUCUCCUGAAGUACAAUCACCUGUAGAAGCCUUUGUAGCAGUUUGUUGCAUAUUCUAAGGACCCAGACAUAAGGCUUGGUGGCCCGUCUCUUGUUUUUCUUGGUUUAUGACUUUCGGCUUUGUGGAAUACGGCUGAGAUGAAAGGAUUUAUCGAUGAUGCAAACUACUCCGUUGGCCUGUUGGAUGAAGGAACAAACCUUGGAAAUGUUAUUGAUAACUAUGUUAAUGAACAUACCCUGACAGGAAAAAAUGCAUUUUUUGUGGGAGAUCUUGGGAAGAUUGUGAAGAAGCAUAGUCAGUGGCAGAAUGUGGUGGCUCAGAUAAAGCCAUUCUACACGGUGAAGUGCAACUCCACUCCAGCAGUGCUUGAGAUUCUGGCAGCUCUUGGAACUGGGUUUGCUUGUUCCAGUAAAAAUGAAAUGGUUUUAGUGCAAGAAUUGGGUGUAUCUCCAGAAAAUAUUAUUUAUAUAAGUCCAUGCAAGCAAGUGUCUCAGAUAAAGUAUGCAGCAAAAGUUGGUGUGAAUAUCAUGACAUGUGACAAUGAUAUUGAAUUGAAGAAAAUUGCACGUAAUCAUCCAAAUGCCAAGGUCUUACUACAUAUUGCAACGGAAGAUAUUGUUGGAGGCGAAGAGGGUAACAUGAAGUUUGGUACUACUUUGAAGAACUGUAGGCAUCUCUUGGAAUGUGCUAAGGAACUUGAUGUCCAAAUAAUUGGGGUUAAAUUUCACAUUUCAAGUGCUUGCAAAGAAUCUCAAGUAUAUGUACAUGCUCUGUCUGAUGCUCGAUGUGUGUUUGACAUGGCUGGAGAAUUUGGCUUCAAGAUGAACAUGUUAGACAUUGGUGGAGGCUUCACAGGAACUGAAUUUCAGUUGGAAGAGGUUAAUCAUGUUAUCAGCCCUCUGUUGGAUGUGUACUUUCCUGAAGGAUCUGGCAUUAAGAUAAUCUCAGAACCGGGAGGCUACUACGUGUCUUCUGCAUUUACACUUGCAGUUAAUAUCAUUGCAAAGAAGGUUGUUGAAAACGAUAAAUUUUCCUCUGGAGUAGAAAAAACCGGAAGUGAUGAACCCGCUUUUAUGUAUUACAUGAAUGAUGGUGUUUAUGGUUCCUUUGCAAGUAAACUGUCUGAGGACUUAAAUGCCAUUCCAGAGGUUCACAAGAAAUACAAGGAAGAUGAGCCUCUGUUUACAAGCAGCCUUUGGGGUCCAUCCUGUGAUGAGCUUGAUCAGAUUGUGGAAAGUUGUCUUCUUCCUGAGCUGGAUGUGGGAGAUUGGCUUAUCUUUGAUAACAUGGGAGCGGAUUCUUUCCGUGAACCAUCUGCUUUUAAUGAUUUUCAGAGGCCAGCUAUUUAUUACAUGAUGUCGUUUAGUGAUUGGUAUGAGAUGCAAGAUGCUGGAAUUACUUCAGACACAAUGAUGAAGAACUUCUUCUUUGUGCCUUCUUGCAUUCAGUUGAACCAAGAAGACAGCUUUUCCACUGAAGCUUAAGCAGGCAUGAACACUUCUCUAGAUCUGAAGUUGCAGGUUAAGCUUGUCUGGUCAACAUUCCAGUGUGGGGGAAAAAAAAUUGAACAAUCUUACUCUGUUAAUUCUCUUGAAAACAGAAACUAUUAAUAAUAGCUAUUUGGGACCAGACAAAAUAUUUCAAUUCGAAUUCACUGGGCUAAUGGGAGAUUUAGAUAAUGUAUCCAAUUUAAACUUACCAGUUUGACCUACCCCUAAGCGUUUAAAAUAAAAUAUGCAACAAAAUGGAUGACUUAGUGGAGAUGGAAGCCCAUUAAUUGGGUUCCCCAUUAAACCGUUUACAUACAAGUACACAGUUUUUAUACUAAGGAUUCGUGUUAAAGUCUUGUAAAGUUAAUGUCUUUCACCCAGAUAAUAUCAAAUGUCAGUGGAAGACCAGUGUGACUUCAUUAGAUACGUUUAGUGUAUUUAGAAUGUGUAAAUUUUGUGCUUUGGACUAUAGUUUAAUAAAUGUAAAAUUGCAUCAUAGUGUUUGUUGUAUUUGACCUAAUGUAACCCUUGUAUGAUUGCAAUAAAAUUUUUGUGUAGAUUUUACUGUUUUUUCAAGCUAAAACUUUGGGGAAAGGGGCUAGCUUAGCAAGGAUAGUUUUGAAAUAGAUGUGUAUAUGAAUUGUUUUGAAGGUUAUUUUUCUUUAUUAGCCCAUUUAAGUUUAGUUUGGCUCAGUAUGUUUUUUCAAUUAUUUAAUUAGUAAUUUAAGUAAAAUGUUUUGGUAAAUCAU